AUGACUGGUCGAUUGGGUAUGCUUACCCAUAGAAUACGUCAGUUUUCAACCACGAUGGUACGUCAAGGCGGACAUGGCAGACCUGGUUGUCCGGGCGAAAAUCUUCCAAUAAACUUGAAUGCUGGAAAAUUCAAAAUAACUAUGAUUAUGACACUAUUUUUUGGCAUUGGCUUGGGCGCUCCUUGGCUUGUCGUUAUGUGGUCAAUGGUGAAAGGCAAAUAAUGUUGAAAUACAUUUAACAUAACAAUGUAAAUUACAGUUUAUGAUUGAAAAACACAACUUGUUUUUAUAAAAUAAAUAUGCUGUAUUAAAAAAAAAAACAA